AUGAGUUAUAACAAUAAAAAGAAAUUAGAAGCAAUCCAAGCAAAGAAUAAAGCAAAAGAAAUGCUGUUUCUGAUGCAAGAACGUGCACGUCAAGCAGCUUCCCAAUUUUUACCAGAAUCACUUGAAAAUGAUCCAACAAAAGACUUACCUGACUCAGUUCUAUGUCCCAUAUGCUGUGAAAUUAUGGAUUUACCUGAAAGAAUGCCAAUAACUCUAUUUCCAUGCGGUCAUACAAUUUGCAAAUCUUGCUUUGAGAAAAAUAAAGAAAAUUAUAGCAAUAAGUGCUGUGAAUGUAGGGCACUUAUAACAUCUCAAGCUGUAAAUCAACCUCUUUGGGAUAUAAUCAGAAAGAAAGCGUAUUUAAAGGAAAAAUCAAACAGUUCUGAUUCAAAAUUUACCGAUGAAAAAGCAAGUAACAUCACACUACUUAAUAUUUUCCAACCUUUGCUUGAAAAAGCGAUUCAAAAAACAAAAGCAGCCAAAGAAGAACUAGAUAUCAUCCAAGAAGAAUAUGAUUCUGCAAAUGAUGAGUACAAUCUUUAUUUAGAACAAAUUACAGAACUUACAAAAUCAAUUGAACAAUCUAAUUCAGAAUUGAAAGUUUUGAUUGAUGAUGAAUCACUACAGAAAUCGAAAUUGGCAGAAUUAAUACCACAAUAUGAGGAAUUAAAGCUUUUGGCUGGAGUUAUCGAAUAA